AUGCCUACGUAUCCUAUCCGUCGCCGGCCGCGCGAGUGUAAAACUUGCCUGCCCUGCCGUGCCAGCAAGGUCCGCUGCGAUCGCAAUGUUCCAUGCGGCAAUUGCGUCAAGCGCAACUUCACCUGCUCCUACGGUCGUCCUCCACCCACCGCUCCCAGACCGGCCUCCUUCAUCGCCGACCAGUAUGGCUCGUCCGCUACGACUCCCGCCACUAAUACGCCUCAAUACAUGCCUUCCGCGGCUUAUCAGCCGGCCGCCCAUCGCGACCCUCCCUACGGUGCCGGUCCAGAGUCGGCAAGCUCUGCCAACCAGGAUGGUCUAUCGGAGAUGGUGACGCUGUCGCAAGAGGAAUGGGACGAGAUCAACUCCAAGAUGCAGACCAUGGAACAGAUUCUGACCAGUUUGGGCUCCCUGUUCCAGGCGCACGGCGCGCGGAAGGCCGUCCACUCCCGAUCGGAACUUUCGCAGGAGCAGGAGGAGGAAGACCACUCGCCUGCCUCCGAGGGCAUCUAUGGGUCAACUACGCUGAGAACAAAUUCGGUUCACAUCGGAUCGAGAUCUGCUCUGGUGGACAUUCUGGACAAAUCGAAGGUUUCGGAGGACACCGCGCAGGCGCUACCCAAAGAUGACCUUCUUACCGAGCUGGCGAUGGGGAACGAGUCGGCCGCCUACCCCUUCGUUGAUCUUUGGUCGUCCGAUCCAUAUACGUUCAAUAUUUCUGGCGUGUGCAGUGUGCUGCCAGACGAUGAGCAGUGUCGAAAAUUUCUAGCUUUUUAUCGAAAUAUUGGUGCGGUGCUGUAUCCCGUAUUGCCCGAUCUCGACAAGUUUGAACGGGACAUGGACAAGCUGUUGCAGGGCCGACAGGCCGCGGGUGGCGUAUAUAAUCCAGAUGCUAAUGGCCUAGUGAAGCCGUUUGGCAUGAGUGUCUCUUUUCUCAGCCUUCUAUUCGCCAUUUUAGCGUCUGGCUCUCAACUAUCUGAUCUGCCGGGGAAAGAACGAGAGUUGACCUCGUGGGUAUACGGCGCAUCUUACACAUUGCUGGGUGAGUACCAUUCGGACGCACCAAGGCAGCAGCUCAAAGCUAACUGUUCGACUGAAAGGAAUGACGGAGCGUGGGCGAUGGCCUUUCAGAACAGUCAUUUUUCCUUGGCGUAUGACCGACCGUCCAUUACCAUGAUCAAUCAGCCGGAGAUCCCGUACGAUCCGAAAUCGAUGCCUGGCCACCGAGGGUAUUUCGAAACACUUUGCCGCCUGAUUCAGGUGGUCCUCGAUAUGCUGCGAGGGCUGAUGUUCACCCAUCAUACCCACCUGCGGUACCACGAAAUCCGGGAGUAUAAGCAACGCAUUGAACGAAUCAUUGCCGAGGCUGCACCGCAUCUGAAAUCUCGCGAACGCUGUGCCACGCUAGGGGAGCAUAUCGAAAGAACCGAACUGAGACUGCAUUCCUCGUGGUUCAUAUCUCUCAUGUGCCGAGUUUCGUUGGAUCCGGAUACUCCGAUGGAUGAACAGCGGCGCGAAGUUGUUCGGGAGGAUUGCUUGACGAAUUUGAUAAACACGAUCGAGGCCUUCAUCGAGCUGCAUUCCAUCAAUUCCCAUGCUUCGCGAACCUGGAUCAGCCUGCAACGAACUAUCGCGUCAGCUUUUCUUUUGGUAGCGAAUAACAAUGAUCAGUUGCAUCCGCAGACGUGGGACUUGAUCCAGAAAUUGGAAGCGGUGCUGUCAGACCAUGUUCAUGGCGAUGAGAGCAGCGACCACAACAGCAAGACGGACUCUGCAAAGCAUCUUGCAUCUUCCCUUCACGCUCUCCGGGAGGUCAGUGCCGCCUUCCGUGCGCGCAAACUGCGUCACCGGGUGGUGCCGAAGGUGGUACCUAACAUGCAGAACACUUCCCCUGCCACCUCGUUUGCGUCGCCAUCCUCCACCCUGGGAUCGGGGAUGCCGACGUACUCCUCUGACCAGAGCGUUUCGCCCGACGGGCAUAUUGACAACAUUCUUAACCAGGUUUCGGAUGUAAUGCUAUUUCCCAGCAUGAGUUCGGGAAAUGCUUGA